UUGAUUAACGUCACCAUUCGACUGGAAAGUUUUCAUUUCCAUGAGGAUAAUCGAGACCCUGUUGAAGCUGGUCCGGGACUUUGUCCAUUCGAGAGUCGUCACCCAUUCACCAGUACACGGUUGUCCGGAAAUGAGUUUCGUGUGAUCACUUACAAUAUCCUUUCUGAUAUUUACACAGAAACUGCGGAAGCUCUCAGUCAUUUAUUCCAUUAUUGCCCCCGUUAUGCUCUGAAAAUGGAUUACAGAAAACAACUGCUUAUCAAAGAAAUACUAGGAUAUAAUGCUGACUUGAUAUUCUUGCAAGAGGUGGAUGAGUUCUUCUUUAACAGAGAUUUGAAGUAUGUAUUGGGCCCCGCCGGCUACGAAGGGUGUUUCGCACUGAAAGGAAGUACUGUGAAGGAAGGUGUUGCUUGCUUCUAUUCUAACGAUAGAUUCAAGCUGUUGCACUCUGAAUCGAUUAUACUUGGAGAAGUUAUUCAAAAUAAUCAUUGCUUGAAUGAGAUAUGGGAAGUUAUAAGCAAAAAGGAAGCCCUCAAACUGCGUGUGAUUGAUAGGCAUACAACAUUACAGAUACUGACUUUGGAAAGUUUAGACAAAUCAGAUGAAUUACUUGUAGUUGCCAACACUCAUCUAUAUUUUCAUCCCGAUGCUGAUCACGUUCGAUUAAUCCAGGCCGGAAUAUCUAUUAAGUACAUCACUGACUACAUAGACAAAUUGAAGAAAGAAACUCGUCGAAAUGUGUCUCUCAUCUUCUGUGGUGACUUCAACAGUGUUCCAGAGUGCGGAAUUUACAAACUCAUGACAACUGGUCUUGUACCAGAGGAUUACAUUGAUUGGAAAAGCAGUAAGUGCGCUGGUAUACGGUUGAAUUUUAUAUGA